AUGGGCUUCCCCACAGACUCUCAGGGGAAUCUCUACUCUGGUAUUGGUGAAGUGUUCAUUGAAAUUCAGGGCCCCCAAGGGCGAGGGCUAGAGCUUGGCUGCAGAUCACACAGAUGGUUUCCAGAACCUGUUGUCCAGUGGGUUACUGAGGAUGGGCAGGGGCUCUCUGCAGACACUGAAAGUAACCAGGACAGUGAUAAGUUCUUCAGUGUAAAAACUGUAGUGGAAAAAAGAAGGACAGUGGAGGCAAAUGUCACAGGGAAUAUAGCAUUCAUGUGGCAGAAGGACCUCCUGCAUCUCUCCCAGCAAAUUCAAACUCUGAAGCAAACUUUCCAGAACAUGAAGGUUGCUAUACAGCGUGACCUUCAAAUGAUCAGAAGAGACCUGGAGAACAAACUAGGAAGGACAGUGGAGGCAAAUACAAGGACUAUGGAAUCCAUGUGGAAGAAGGACCUUCUACAGCUCUCCCAGCAAAUGCAAACUCUGCAGGAAGCAUUCCAGAACAUGAAGGGGUCCACACAGUGUGACCUGCAGAUGAUAAGAGCAGACAUGAAGAAUGAACUAGAUCUUCCAGUCCUACAGUCCUACAAACGUAAGCAUAAGUGAGAUGAUGCAGGAGAUGUCAUCCUGGAUGCUGACACAGCUCAUCCCAGAUUGGAAAUCUCUGCAGAUGGGAGGACAGUGAAAGAUACUGGUGUCAUCAGAUUCAUGCUCAGAAAUCAGAAGAGAUUUGAUUCCCAUCUGUUUGUGUUGGCAAAGGAAGGAUACACUUCUGGGAAACACUAUUGGGAAGUAAAUGUUGGGACAAGAAGAAACUGGGCCUUGGGUAUUGCCUCUGAAUCUGUGGCUCGCAAAGGGACUUUGACUCUGUGUCCUGAGAAUGGCUUCUGGGUUAUCGCAUGUGUAGACGGGCAAGAUUAUUUGGCCUGCACGAAUCCUUGGACCUCUCUGACUGUGACUGGCUAUUUGUCAAAGAUUGGGAUCUUCUUGGACAUCCCAGCCAAGAAGGUUUCUUUUUAUGAUGUAUUUAAGGCAGUAGCUUUGUACACUUUGAGCAUUGCUGAUGGCAGCAGACAGGAAGGCAAAUUCCUUCCCUUCUUCUCUACAGGCCUUGCUGCUGCUGAGCCUGACACUGAACCACUAGCAAUACUGCAGUUUUCUGAUGAUGAUGAUGAUUAG